UGUAUGCAUGAGUUCUGCACCGAAUGGGCGCAAGAAGCGCCCCAGCCGGCCCACCCGCUCCUCGAUCUUUCAGAUCAGCAAGCCCCAGCUGCAGAGCGGGGAGUGGGAACGCAGGGGCAGUGGCUCCGAGAGCGCCCACAAAACCCACCGAGCCCUGGACGACUGCAAGAUGCUUGUCCAAGAGUUCAACACGCAAGUGGCCCUGUACCGAGAGUUGGUCAUUUCUAUUGGGGACGUCUCGGUCAGCUGCCCCUCGCUCCGGGCGGAAAUGCACAAGACCAGAACCAAAGGCUGUGAAAUGGCCCGGCAGGCACACCAAAAACUCGCUGCCAUCUCAGGCCCGGAAGAUGGUGAGAUCCAUCCAGAAAUCUGUCGGCUUUAUAUCCAGCUGCAGUGCUGCUUAGAAAUGUACACAACAGAGAUGCUAAAAUCCAUAUGUCUGCUGGGGUCUCUUCAGUUUCAUCGAAAAGGAAAGGAGCCUGGCGGAGGAACCAAGAGUGUGGAUUGCAAAAUCGAGGAGAGUGCUGAACCACCUGCCCUGGAGGACUCCUCUUCACCCCCCGUGGAUACGCAGCAGCACUCCUGGCAGGUUUCCACAGACAUCGAGAACACCGAAAGAGACAUGCGAGAAAUGAAAAACCUUUUAAGCAAACUCAGGGAAACUAUGCCUUUACCACUGAAAAACCAAGAUGACAGCAGCCUUCUAAACCUAACUUCCUACCCCCUGGUUAGAAGACGGAAGAGAAGGUUCUUUGGGCUCUGUUGUCUCGUCUCAAGCUAGACAAUUCCUCCUGGAAACCCACCCCGGAGAGACCUGAAAACGAUCACAGAAGCAGAGGACCUCCAGACAGCUGAACCAGUUAUUGGUUUUUGACUAUGUUUUCUAUGCUUCCUUAUUACUUUUACCUGCCUCUCUCUGCCCUUUUAAAUGAUUUUACAUUUGAAAGUAGCUGCUGUCAAGGGAAAAAAAAAAAAACAAACAGAUUCAAAAAGUAGGCUGUUUUUAAAAGGAUUUUUAAAGUUAACAUUGUGCAUGUCUGCUCCAAACCAUACCAUGACAGACGCAAGAAUUAUGAUUUUUUAAUUAUUUAAAGGUUUUUUAAAAUGUAUUAUACAAAGAAAAAUUACUUCAUGUAUAAUAGUAAAUCUGUAGCUCUU